CGUUGAGUGCGGUUAAACGGUCGAGGAUAAGCCGCUGCUGUGCCCUGGCCGUGAGGGGCUGGCGGCUUCGGAGAGGCGGGAAAGCGAGAAGGGUCGCGGUACACCUGAUUUACCUGUGUAGAGUGUGUGUUUUUCUGCUCUUGGAGAAUAUACGAGAGGAGCCAGUUCCGCAAACGUCUCGGCAGGGGGGGUUGGUCCAAAUUCUCUGUGGUACAACCUUACGUUGUUCGUUCAGUAGGCUCACACGCGGCACUUUGUUUCCUCAGGAAGAGUGUAUUGCGGCUAGAGGGAACACACAAAAACUGGAAGCUAGGGGAUAGGCUGUACUCGAGGGGCGAAAGGUGAGGCUGCUGAGAGGUUGGGCUUCAAGUGUAUCUUCUGGCAGAGACUCUACAAGUGAAUGAGAACUUCUUUCUACGGAACUGAGGUGAAGAACUUCACCAUGGGUCAACAAAUUUCAAACCACACACAAACUGUAAUUAACAAGUUGCCAGAAAAAGUAGCAAAGCAUGCCUCUUUGGUUCAAGAAAGUGGUUUCCUAACGUAUGAAGAGUUUCUGGGAAGAGUAGCUGAACUUAAUGAUGUUACUGAAAAAUUGGCUUCUGGACAAGACAAACAUCUGUUAUUUGAGGUGCAGCCUGGUUCUGAUUCUUCUGCUUUCUGGAAGGUGGUCGUUCGGAUAAUAUGUACUAAAAUAAAUAAAGCAAGUGGCAUCGUGGAAGCUUCCCGAAUCUUGAACUUGUAUCAGUUCAUUCAACUUUAUAAAGAUAUCACCAGUCAAGCAGCAGGAGUUCUUGCACAGAGUGGUACUUCUGAAGAAGCUGCUGAGAGUUUGAUGUCUGUGUCAUCUUGUCAGGCCAGCUUGUGGAUGGGAAGGGUUAAACUGUUGACAGAUGAAGAGGAAUGUUGCAUCUGCAUGGAUGGGCGUGCUGAUUUAAUCUUGCCGUGUGCUCACAGUUUCUGUCAGAAAUGCAUUGAUAAAUGGAGUGAUCGUCACAGAAGCUGUCCUGUCUGCCGUCGGCAAGUGACUGGGGCAAGUGAUUCUUGGGUGGUCUCAGAUGCACCUACAGAAGAUGAUAUUGCUACUUAUAUACUUAACAUGGUAGAUGAGGCGGGCCAGCCUCACAGACCCUGACAGUGGCCAACAAGCUGAUAAUAGCAGAAGCACUUGAAGCUUUCGUUUUCAUGAACGUCUGUUUUUACCUCUCGUUGCUGUUCUUCCACAGUCUGUCUUUUACUUCUCUUCUUGGCUGCUGUGAAUCUACACUGCUCUUUUAAAACACAAGAGUAUAUGAGCCAGUGUAUGUGUGUGCAGUCAUAAUUAUUAAUCUGUACUUUCAGUAAACUCUUUGAUCAUUAACAAAGUUUAUUUUAACAAGAACUUGUGAUAUUAAUUAACAGUUCGACUACUAGAUGAAGCAAUUUAUAACAGCACAACUACAACUGCUAACUGCUGUUUGAACAUCACAGCGUACUACUACAGAAGAUGAACCAUGUCAGAUGGCUUGACCUCAUAGUUCUUAUCCUUAAAAGCAGUCCCUCUUAAUUUCAUGACAAAUGUGAAUAAAGAUAAGUUAGCACUAGUGAUUAUUGAUUUGAAAUUUUACUGUUGAAACUUGAAGAUGUCCCACUGACUGUUCUUCAGUAGCCAGUUAUUGCUGCUUUUAGUGUUUACAGACACUGAUUUCAAUCUGGUUUAUUAGGCGGUUUAGUAUUAAUUAUUUUAAAUCUGUUUUGGAGAGUGUAGGCAGCUCUGUAGAUGUACUUGUGUGCUUCCCUUUAUUCUUCUAACAAGAUUAUCUCUUAGAAUAUUUUUUUAAAUAUGAUGUUUAGCAUAGUCUUACUAGCUUGGAAACAUUAAAGUUUCAUACACAAUCCUAAAAAAAGUAAAUCAGUUUCUCUAUAGUUUUUUGAUCAAGAACAGCCAAAAUUAUUUUUAAACAUGAGGCAUAUCUGAAGAGAAUGACUUUAUUUGAAUUAGCAGUUAAGGUGUAGAUUAGUCUGAAGCUGUGGUUUUAUCUGCUUCUUUUGAGUUUUUGAAGUGAUGAAAUCAGAGUUAUAAGAUAUAUUAAGAGUUAUAAGGUGAUAAUCUAAGUAAGGGUGCUGUGCUUUAUAAGUGCAAUAUGCUUUUAUGUAGCAGAGGGAAACUUCCACUUUAUUAAUAAUGUUGCUUGCAGUGAGAUGUGCAUGUGACUAGGGAGAAGGGAUAUCAUAACUGUAGUGCAACAGUGUAUUUCUGUGUCUAGCACAAGAGCUGAGUUUAGACAGUCUAAAAUAAAUCAUUAAGUAUCAGGAAACCCAUCUUAAGCCUCUUUUGCAUAGUGUUAUGGAAAUCAACUGCUAUUGUAGAGAAUUGAUUAUUUUUUUAACAUAUAUUAACAAAUACUCUUAACUUGAGGCUAUUGAGUGAGAAAUGCUCGAGUGUAGCGUUUGAGGGAAUAUCAGCAUAAAUCUCACUUACUGUAAGACUCUAUUUUUAAU